GCAUUUUCAACAACCCAGGCGGGUAAUGAGACCUUUCCUAGGAGGACCAUGAUCGUCGGACUGGCGGGCGAAACGAAACAAAAAGAAAGAGCAGUUUCGGAUGACUCGCCAGUCGACAACGCAAGCUCAGGGAAGGAAGUCGCUCCCUUGCUUUCCCCUCAAAUCCAAAGCCCAAAAUGGAAGGAACGGCUCCCCUCUUUGGGGCUGGCCCCCACGAACGCCAUGGCUUUCCCCCGCGGCCCAAUUGCGUGUUGUCAAGGCUUCCCAUUUCGAAUCGAUCGCCAUCGCCAGAACAUUGGACCCCUUGUUGGAAUGCAGGAAGCGAGAUCAAAGCGAGAUCACGCGCCCAGCCGGUUCGCAGUCGCUGCAGUCGCUGCCGUCAAGGUGUCCGUCUCGAGCCAAGCUGAGAAGCAAGGCGAAAAUGGCCCAACCGACAGUUCAGCUGAGAAAUGCGUGUUUGUUUCGCAAGCUUUGUUUCGCAGUCUCGCUUGCGAAACACAAUAUGUGAGAAAAUCCCCUGGAAGUCUCCACGGACCAUCCGCCGUGCAUCCGAAGCAAGGGUUCUCGGUCUCGGCCGAAUCAACAGCUCCCAUACAAGUCGACGUGUGAAGAUAUGAUGAGGAAGCUCAAAAACAGGCCGGUUUUGGUCGGAGCGGAGACCGUUGAGCUCCAGCGAGCGUGCCAAACAACCAUUGCCAUCGCUCAUUCAAC